AUGGAGUCAUUAAUGUACAAAAAUCGUUUGCCUUCCAAGGGAAACAAGCGAAACUAUUUGAACGACCAAACUGCCGAUGUGUUCUUCGUCUUCGAAACAGAAUACAAAAAGGUGCCAGCGCACAAAAGUGUCUUAUCACAAAACAGCACUGCGUUUAAAUCAAUGUUCAACAAUACAUCGGAUCAAAACGGUGUCAUCAAGGUUGUCGACUUCACAUCGGGUGCUUUCAAAGAAUUCUUACAGUUUUUCUACCUCGCCAAGGUCCAACUAACUUCGGCCAAUGUAAUGGAAGUGAUGCGCCUGGGUAGAAAAUUUGCGGUUAAAAAUUGUCUCGACGCAUGUGCCGAAUUGUGUAAGUCGAUGCUUACAAUGGACACUAUGUGUUGGGGCUACGAACUAGCGAUUCGAUUUGAAUUAGAUGAUUUACGAGCAUUUUGUGAGCGAAAAAUCAGCGAAAAUCCAGAGAAGAUAUUCCAUUCGAUUAGCUUUUUACUAUGUGAACCGAAUGUUUUGCAACAAAUUCUACAGUUAGAUUCAAUGGACUGCGACGAAACAAUGGUAUUUGACGGUUGCAUGGCUUGGGCGAAAUCAACGUGCAUUGAGAAGGAAUUGGAUGAAAAUCUUGUUGAAAAUCUUCGUCGUCAGUUGGGCGAUUUAAUUUAUGACAUUCGCUUCAGCGCAAUGAAUAUUGUCGAAUUUUAUGAUCGAUAUUGCAUGUAUGAAGGUCUUUUUUCAGUGGAAGAGUUCGAAAACAUUAUCACCAUGAUUGCAUUAAAACAAUGCGAUUCGAAAAAGUUCAACAAACAUCCGCGCAAUAAAAUAAUUCAGCAGAAGUCUGAUUUCAUUUCAUUCAAACAACGGGUGAUUAACACAUUUAAAACCUCAUAA